CCCCUUGCGAACCCAUGCUUUGCAGAGGGGAGAUUGACACAGCAUUUUCAGCCUGAGGUGAAUGAGUACACACAGGAGAGCGCGGCACAGACGGGAUUAUAGUCAGCCAAGGAGGCAGCGGAGGACAAUAACGGAUUAAAAGACAGAAACAACAGGGAUACAAGAAUGAAUAAGCGAUGAAGAAGAAACUAAAAGAAGAAACUCAACAAGAGGAAGAGUGACACAAGGGACCACAUGAAUCCAAGGAUGUGGGACUUUUACCCUGGACAGUAAAAGUGGGAUUUUGAGAAGUGAAGUUAGAGGAACUCAAAUUACAACCGAGGUACACUUGCAGGCGGUCUUCUCAGUGACCCAAGCACCACCUCCAUGGUGGCAGAGUCUGGCCUCCCACCCAGGCCCCCAUACCCGAGAUCCUUGGUGCCAUGGGAACAAGUCGGGCCAACAGGUACGGCUUUGUGUCAGACAUUUUACCGGAGGAGACACGCCAGAAGAUCUCUAGCUUAGGACUCUAUAACGGCCACAGUUCCCCCAACCUCCGUCUGCACUCGACCUGUGACGCAGAAGACAGUAGGAGGAGGUCGGGAGCCUCUGCUGCCGUGCCCGGCACAAGUGAACAAGGAGGUAUGAACAACUACAACGGGAAGGUUCUGACAAGGGGCUCCAACCAAGUACGGAGCCGGUUUGUGAAGAAAAAUGGACAAUGUAAUGUUCUGUUCACCAACAUGGAUGACAAGAGGCAGCGCUACCUAGCUGACAUUUUCACCACCUGCGUGGACAUCCGCUGGAGAUACCUGCUGCUUAUAUUCUGCACCAGCUUCAUGGUCUCUUGGCUUUUCUUUGGCAUUAUCUUUUACAGUGUCUCCCUGGCUCAUGGGGAUUUUGAGGAGCAGCCAGCGGUUAAAGGUGAUGGGAUGGCGGUGCCCGGGUUGCAUGGACCCACCUCUGGACACACAUAUGGAGGGCAGACACAGAGGAUGCCCUGCAUACUUCACGUUCGCGGCUUUGUUGGGGCACUCCUGUUCUCCAUGGAGACCCAGACCACCAUUGGUUAUGGCUGGCGCUGCGUUACCGAGGAGUGCCCUGUCGCUGUAUUAACAGUUGUCAUCCAGUCCAUUGUCGGCUGCAUCAUUGACUCUUUCAUGAUUGGCACCAUCAUGGCCAAGAUGGCUCGGCCAAAGAAGAGGAACCAGACCCUCAUAUUCUCGAAAAAUGCUGUCAUCGCCCUGCGUGACGGAAAGCUGUGCCUCAUGUGGCAAGUGGGCAACCUGCGGAAGAGCCACAUCGUGGAGGCUCAUGUCCGUGCCCAGCUCAUACGUUCAUACGUCACAGCUGAGGGCGAGUUCAUCCCCUUGGAGCAGAUGGACCUGAAUGUGGGCUAUGACGAGGGCACAGACCGGCUGUUUCUGGUUUCCCCUUUGGUUAUAAUCCACGAGAUAGACAAAGAUAGUCCCUUAUAUACUUUAAGCCGAGCUGAUCUGGAGGCAGAUGACUUCGAGAUCGUCGUAAUCUUGGAGGGAAUGGUGGAGGCCACGGCCAUGACCACCCAGUUCCGUAGCUCCUACCUUGCCAGAGAGGUCUUCUGGGGUCACAGGUUCGAGCCUGUGAUCUAUGAGGACCGGGACUGCUACAAGGUUGACUACGCUCGCUUCCACAAGACCUACGAGGUGCCAUCGACUCCCCACCUCAGCGCCAAAGAGCUGGACGAGGCCGCGAGCCGGGCGUCUUCUGUUGCUUCACCUGUCUCUGCAUGUAGGACCACACAAGAUUUGAUCCCCAGGUCAUUGAGCGCCUUCUGCUAUGAGAACGAGGUGGCGUUGAGUUGUGGGGAGGAAGAGGAUGACAUUUUCGACUCCCAGACUGUAAAGAAGGAGAGGGCAGAGGAGAGGAGGACUUCGGUGUCUGUAGACUUCCAAAAUAUGUUCCAGGACAGUGCGACCAUAUCGUCAGGCAAUCACAACGUCAUGUGUGUUCUGGACAUGGACAAUAACCAGAUGGAGUUUGACAUCCUACAGACUGCCAUCCCUCUCGAUCCAGUGACCUAUAAGAGCGAGCAAGAGAGCUAAAGAUUGUCUGUUUUUUUACCUAUAAAUCCUUUCAACUUUAUCUACAGUGAGCUGGACCUGAAGACAGAUUGCUUGUGUUUGACUUUGGAUUGCAUGUACAGAAAUGUAAACCCCUUUUGCCUUGCUGGUGUUGUUUUACAUUUAUAUUUGUUUGUUAUUUCUUCUCAUUGGGAUUAGAAAUUACAAAACAGAUUGCACAUUCCUGAAUAACUUCUGGGACAUGCAACUGCACUGUUUGAAGAGCCAUAACAAUCAACCUGAAUGAUUCUGCAGGAGGACAAAGACAAAACCUGAUGGGCUUUUAUUAUGACAACCAAAGGAAAGCACAGUGGCAGUAAAAGUACAUACUUGAGUCAUGUUUUAGACUGUAUGGACAAUUUGCAUAGGUCAUUUUUUUUCUGUGAAUUUAAACAAGAGAUUUUAUGAAAGCAAUAGCCAUUACGAUGUAAUUCUCUUCUUUCUUGAAGAGGACUGAGCUCAAGAGUUAAAUGGUCAAUUUUUAAGAUGCACUGUUUUCAAAAAGCAGUCAGUUUAUGCUUGAUUAUCUCCAUGUUGUUCAUUGGUUUCAGUGGGCAUCUUGCCUGUAUUAGUUCCCAAAUUCUGCUAUUUGCACUUUUGUGAGACUACCUGUUUUGUUAAAGGUCCAGAGUGUAAAAUUUAGAGGGAUUUGGUGGCAUCUAGUGGUGAGGAUUGUAGAUUGCAACCAGCUAAAACUUCUCUUGCUUAAAAUUCCUUCAGCAUUAAUUGCUCAGGAGGUUUUUACCAGGAGUCAAAUUAUCUGUAGAGGUUUUUUACUCUCCAGUAAGAUCCAGUAUAAAAAAGCAGAUUUAUAUUACAAAUCACUGUGUCGCUCUUUGGCUUGUCAGAGUUGGGCUACUUGCCCACCACACGCUAAUGUGAGCUCACCUUUUUUCUCCGAUAACUUAAGAUCCAGGAGCCUGUUGCACAAAACACCUUAAAAGUACGACAUUUAAGACUUUAUUUUUCCUUAGCUAUGGGACUUUCUUAAGGGUGUUGCACAGAAUCCCUUAGAAAAGUUUCCUUAGUUAAGAAAAAAAUGUUAAGGCAUUUACUGCAGUUAAAGAGAUUUCCAUGAGUUUACAAGAAUUUCCAUGAUUUGUUUGCUUGCGCUCAAAGCUUCUCAAAGUCUUCUGUGCAAUGGUCUAACUAUCUUAGAGGGAUUUCUUAAGUAUGAGACCAAGAUAAGGAGAAAACUUUAAAUAAAACCUGAAGGAUAUGACAUGUUUUGUGUAACUAAUUUUAUUUCAAGAAAGCCUCAACCUGGACUAAUCUUAACUAAAGGUAUUUUGUGCAAUGGGCCCCAGAUGUUCAGGAGGUUUUUAUAUGGGAGCCAAAUUAUUUGC